AUGCCAACGCUUAAAAAGGAAGCCUAUUAUAGACUUGGAAAUAAAUAAAAGUUGGAAUGUAUCAAACAUAAUACUGUUAUCUCUAACUCCAGCCAACCCAACUCCAUGGUAAAAAAUUAUGUAAUAUCCUCUCAAGAAUGAGCAGAACUUGCAAAGAGAUUGAACGCAAGAUAUUGAAGCUUCUUCACGGACACAAUACCCGAACACAACUCCGCCAAAUCCACGCCCAUUUCCUUCGCCAUGGUCUUGACCAACUCAACCAUAUCCUUGCCCAUUUCAUUUCCGUUUGUGGGUCUGAAAACAAAAUGCCUUACGCAAAUCGCGUUUUUCUCCAAUCCGUAAACCCCAAUAUAUUACCCUUUAAUGCAAUGGUUAAAGGGUAUUCCCUAUGCGGACCCUUUGAGGAGUCUCUCAGUUUCUUUUCCUCGAUGAAAAGGCGAGGCAUUUGGCCUGAUGAGUACACUUUUGCUCCUUUACUUAAGGCUUGUUCGAGUCUCUAUGAUCUUAAACUUGGUCAGUGCAUUCAUAAGGAUGUAAUAAUGAUUGGGUUUGAGUGUUUUUGUUCGAUACAAAUUGGGGUUGUUGAGCUGUACGCUAAUUGUGGAUUAUUGGAGGACUCCAAGAAAGUGUUUGAUGAAAUGCGUGAGAGGGAUUCCAUUGUUUGGAAUUUAAUGAUUCGUGGGUAUUGUAGAAGAGGAGAUGUUAAUAUGGGUCUGUAUUUGUUUAGGAAAAUGAGUGAACGGAGUGUUGUUUCAUGGAAUAUCAUGAUUUCUUGCUUGGCGCAAAGUGGGCGUGAUAGUGAAGCUUUAAGGCUUUUCCAUGAAAUGCAGGACGAGGGUUUUAAGCCAGAUGAGGCAACUGUAGUCACUGUUUUGCCCAUCUGUGCUCGUUUAGAAGCUGUUAGUGUAGGGCAAUGGAUUCAGUCUUAUGCCGAGUCAACUGGGCUUUAUGGAGAUUUUGUCUCUGUGGGGAAUGCAUUAGUGGAUUUUUACAGUAAAUGUGGCAUGUUAGAGACUGCUAGAAGGGUAUUUGUUGAAAUGCCCCAAAAGAGUGUGGUUUCUUGGAAUGCAAUGAUAUCAGCUAUGGCUUUCAAUGGCAAAGGUGAACUUGGAGUAGAUUUGUUCGAGGAGAUGAUAAACAAAGGCAUGAAGCCUAAUGAUGCAACAUUUGUAGCGGUAUUAUCAUGUUGUUCUCAUGCAGGGUUAGUAGAAAGAGGGAGUAAUUUGUUUGCGUCAAUGACUGCAAAUCACCAAAUUGAGCCAAAACUUGAGCAUUAUGGAUGCAUGGUUGAUCUACUUGGACGUUGUGGUUGUGUGAAGGAGGCUUAUGAUUUGAUUAAAUCCAUGAUUAAGAUUCCAAAUGCUUCUUUAUGGGGUUCUUUGCUUAGUGCUUGUCGUACUCAUGGUGACAUGGAGCUUGCACAACUUGCUGUUCAUGAGCUUAUUAAUCUUGAGCCAUGGAAUUCUGGUAAUUAUGUGUUGUUAUCCAAUAUGUAUGCAGAAGAAAAGAAAUGGGACAAAGUUGAGGAGGUUAGAGCAAUGAUGAGAGAGAGGAGUGUGAAGAAAGUACAGGGGCAGAGUGCAGUUGGAUAGUUUGCAGUGCUGCUUUGAUUUAAUUGGCCUACAGAGUCUUUAUUGCAACCCAUUUACUGCGGGACUCAAUUGCAGCAGCAAAGUGCCUGGUGGAUCUUUCUUCUACAUGAAUGAGAUAAGAGUGGCAGCAAAUUAGAGCUCACAACCUGAUCCAUCUAGUCAUCUAUUUUGAUGUUGGCUAAAUCGUUGCAAGUUUAAUGACAAGACCAUUAGAUCGAGAGCCAAUGCCAGAAAAAGCAUAAGGAUACCUAAAUAUAGAUUUUUUUUUGUGUGUGCUAAGAGUUAGGUUAUCCUAUUAGUUGUACCUCUUAAGAGUUGAGCAACUUAAAAAACCCAGAAAAUUCUGGGGACUGAAAUACUUUGAGCAGUUGGCAUUUUAACCAGUGAUGUCAGAGUGUGCCUAUGAGUGCUGAAACCUUAGGGUUCUGAGUUUACGUGUCUUCAAAUUCUUUUACAGGAUCUAAAAGCAUUCUGAAAACCUUAAUAGGUAGUUAUGGAAACUAAAACCACUUGCAAUAUUGUUCUCUAGUUGCUAUUAGAAGAAGCAAGAACACCAUUGGCCUAAUAUAUAUAAUCUUCGUUGACUUCUCUGUUUCAAGUUCAAUUUGCGGAUUAGAAUAUGGAAAGGAAGAGGUGCUGUUGAAGGAGCUACAUUCUGAAUUCACGUGCUCUGUGUUCUUCUAUAUAAUACUAAUAGAUUAAGCCUCAUUGGUAUAAGCAACAAAAUCUCGCACAUCCGUGCCCCUAUUCUUGUAUUUGUUGUAUUUGGAGCAGUUACAAGAUGAAUAAACACAACCCGGUUGUCAAAGUUAAGAUGUAGAA